AUGGAACGCUUAUCUACGGAAUAUGGCAAGAAACCAAAACUGGAGUUUGCUAUUUACCCCGCUCCUCAGAUUUCCACGUCAAUGGUUGAGCCCUACAACUCAAUAUUGAUGACUCACACCACGCUAGAACAUUCAGAUUGUUCGUUUAUGGCCGACAAUGAGGCUAUCUAUGACAUCUGUCGGAGAAAGCUUGAUCUGGCCAGGCCUACCUACACCAAUCUCAACCGCCUCAUCGCGCAAACUGUUUCUUCUAUCACUGCAUCGUUACGAUUUGAUGGAGCACUGAAUGUCGAUCUCACCGAGUUUCAAACAAACCUCGUGCCAUACCCGCGAAUCCAUUUUCCACUGAUCACAUACGCUCCACUCGUAGCUAUCGACAAUGCCCAUCACGAAUUAAACACUGUAGCUGACAUCACGAACGCCUGCUUCGAACCCGGUAGUCAAAUGGUGAAGUGUGAUCCGAGGCGAGGCAAAUACAUGGCAGUCUGCUUACUCUACAGAGGCGACGUCGUGCCAAAGGACAUCAACUCUGCCAUUUCUGCUGUGAAGUCGAAACGAACAGUGCAAUUUGUGGAAUGGAGUCCUACCGGUUUUAAAGUAGGAAUCAACUACCAACCACCGACGGUUGUGCCUGGCGGUGAUUUGGGAAAGCAGAACCGAUCAGUGUGCAUGAUAAGUAACACUUCCGCGAUCGCAGAAGCUUGGGCACGUCUUGACCACAAAUUCGAUCUGAUGUACUCCAAACGAGCAUUUGUACACUGGUACGUAGGAGAAGGAAUGGAAGAAGGCGAGUUCUCGGAAGCCAGGGAAGAUAUGGCCGCGCUAGAGAAGGAUUACGAGGAAAUCGGAGCCGAUGAGUACACGGACGAAGAAGACGAUAACCGUACCUACACUCCUUCAGAUAGAUACGGUGCAUCUCGUGGAAGCCGAAUGACGGCUGCUUAUUAG